CUAAUAGUUGACUUCCCCUGCACGCUUAAUAGUUGGGACAGUUGAGCAACCUAGUGACCCGACCCGAGUAAAAUCUGAAAAGAGGAACAGAACAGUGUCUCGUCUCCCUGUUGAAUGCUGCAAGUGUUGCGCGCCAAAAAAGAAUGAGUUUGCAUUCUGCAAAAUCAGGUUCCAGUUCGAAGAGAAGCUUCAAUUCAACAAAUAGCAAUCAAUCUGGCUCUUCUAACAAGAACAAGAAGAAGAAGAAGAGAGACGGAGACAGUGGACAAAAAACCCUAGGUAUGGCUUGGGGUUCCAAUUCUCGAUCUUCCUCUCAUUCAUCCUUUCGAAGCUCACCGUUCACCGAUUUCGGCAGUUAUAUGGCGGUUAAGAACAGGAAGCUACAUGAGCAGUUUGACGCUGAAGCUUCAACUUCAUCUCAUGGCGGUUCUGGCUCUAAGAAACCUCUAUUUCAUGGGGUUUCUAUUUUUGUUGAUGGAUAUACUGUUCCUUCUAGUCAGGAGUUGCGUGGUUACAUGUUAAAGCAUGGAGGAAGGUUUGAAAAUUAUUUUUCAAGGCAGCGUGUUACUCAUAUAAUAUGUAGUAAUCUUCCUGACAGCAAAGUCAAGAAUUUAAGGUCCUUUAGUCGCGGGCUUCCAGUAGUGAAACCUACAUGGGUGUUGGAUUCUGUUGCAGCCGAUAAGCUGUUAAGCUGGGUUCCGUACCAACUUGAUCAGCUAGCUAGUGAAACCAACCAACCGAAGUUGUCAGCAUUUUUAGGUUCGAGUAGCAACUUGGUACCGUGUGAUCCUGCAAAUGCCCCCAUGACUUCGGAUGUUAUUAUUUCUGAAGUAGGUGACUCUACAGAAGAUAUAAAGCAACCCAAUCACGAAUUUGAAUUUCUUGAGCAUGAUAUUUGUGAUGAAGCAAAAGAUGAGGAACCAACUUGUAGUAAUGAAUCUGAAAACAAUGUUGCUGAAACGAAUGAAGGCAGCUGUUGCUCAGAUAUUCAAAAUACUACCGAAUCUUUAUCGAUGAUUUCAGGCUCUAGAUCUAACAAGGGUCAUUCAACUUCUUUUGACCCAAAUUUUGUAGAGACUUACUUUAAGAAUUCUAGACUACACUUCAUUGGUACUUGGAGAAAUCGGUACCGCAAACGCUUUCAUAAUUCAUCUGAUGAGUUUAGAUCAUCAAGCUGUAUUAGUGCUUCGUCUUCAUGUCAAAGAAAAACAAUUAUUCAUAUCGACAUGGAUUGUUUUUUUGUGUCAGUAGUAAUCAGGAAUCGUCCUGAACUAUGGGAUAAACCAGUUGCUGUUUGUCAUUCUGAUAAUCCUCGUGGGACCUCUGAAAUAUCAUCAGCCAACUAUCCUGCACGAGAUCAUGGAGUUAGGGCUGGAAUCUUUGUUAGAGCUGCUAAAGCAUGUUGUCCUCACCUUGUUAUUGUUCCUUAUGACUUUGAAGCUUAUGAGGAGGUGGCUGAUCAGUUCUAUAGCAUAUUGCAUAAGCACUGCAACAAAGUGCAGGCCAUGAGUUGUGAUGAAGCAAUUUUAGACAUUUCAGACUUAGAUGUCGAUGAUCCUGAAAUUUUAGCUUCAUUAAUAAGAAAAGAAAUAUUUGAUGCCACAAGAUGUACUGCAAGUGUCGGAAUAUCGAACAAUAUUCUUAUGGCUCGGUUAGCUACCAAAAGCGCCAAGCCAAACGGUCAAUGCUACCUUCCUCCUGAGAAGGUGAAUGAUUUUUUAACGGAACUUCCAGUUAAGGCACUGCCAGGUAUCGGUCGUGCUUUAGAGGAGAAAUUGAAAGGGAGACGUGUUACCACGUGUGGAGAGUUACGCAUGAUAUCCAAGGAAUCUCUACAAAAGGAAUUUGGACAGAAAACUGGUGACAUGCUAUGGAAUUACUCUAGGGGGAUAGAUAAUCGUUCUGUUGGCAUCAUUCAGGAAAGCAAGUCUGUAGGUGCUGACGUAAAUUGGGGUGUAAGGUUCAAAGACUUGAAAGAUAGCCAAGUUUUUCUUCUGAGCCUAUGCAAGGAGGUAUGUUUGCGUCUACAUGGAUGUGGAGUACGCGGACGCACUUUCACUCUUAAGGUGAAAAAGAGAAGGACUGAUGAAGAGCCGGUAAAGUAUAUGGGCUGUGGGGACUGUGACAAUCUCAGUCAUUCGUUGACAGUUCCCAUGGCUACUGAUGACAUGGAUGUUCUUCAGAGGAUAACUAAACAGCUCUUCAGUCAUUUUCAUAUUGAUGUUACGGAGAUACGUGGAGUUGGCCUGCAUGUUACAAAACUUGAAAGUGCAGACAAUUUUAAGCAAGGGAAUGAAAAGAGCUCUAUUCGUUCUUGGCUUGCAUCUAAGCCACCGUCUAAAGAAAAGAAAAAUAAAGAUACAAAAGAGCAAAUUGGUGGUCCACACCAUCAUCAGCCAAGAAGUAAUUCAGUUGUCGGUAACUUUAUCUCCAAUCGGGAAGCUAAUAAUGGUUCAGAUGUCCCACCAUUAAGUGAUCUUGACGCUGAUGUUCUUGAGAGUCUUCCUCCUGAAAUAUUUUCUGAAAUAAAUGAUUUGUACGGCGGAAAGCUAAAUGAUUUUAUUUCAAAGCACAGGUUCAAAAGUACUGGUGUUGGCACUUCUUCUAUUUCGCCUGGAAACGUUGAAGGGGCUAGACCACAAUCAGAACCAGAAACAGUAUCAGAAAAUAUUGCUGCUGCUUCAACUUCACUAAAUAUUGAUAUAAUGCCAUCAUCAUUGAGUCAACUAGAUCCAUCCGUUUUACAACAACUCCCUGAAGAAAUAAGAAACGACAUUACUGGCAUUCUUCCCGCACACCGAGACCCACAAAUACAGUCUCAUAACCAUCUCGUGGAUCAGGCCAAACUAACAGAUGAUGAUAGCUCAAGCCACCUACUUUGGGCGGGGGACCCGCCACAAUGGGUUGCGAAGUUUAAGUCAAGUGAUUCUCAGAUAUUAAGAUUUUUUUCAGAUACGUAUAGUGGAUUCAGGUGUUUAUCAUCAGUGUUAUUAAAAAGUGUUUCUGCAAAUGUGGUAUGUGGUGGCGGAAGCACCGUUGAUUGUGAUGAUAGCAUCAGUUUGUUAUGCCAGCUUUUGAAAGAAUAUGCAGAUCUGAAAUUGGAAUCAGACCUUGAGGAGAUACACACGUGUUUUCGUCUUUUGAGAAGGUUGAGUGGCAAGUCUAAACUUUUCUUACAAGUGUAUAACACAUCUCUUCCACACCUUCAGACGGCUGUGAGUGAAAAAUAUGGCGGAAGUCUCUGCAUUUAAGGUUGAAGAUGAUAUUUUUUGAAGAUCAUGGAUAAAAGAUGUAAUCCGAGACAGCAUCAGACGUCUGUUUUUUAUUCUUUUUCUUUUGUUAAAAGUUAAUAGUGUAUAGAAAUAAUCUUUUUAAAGAAGUAGGUCAAGGUAUAUAUCUUAUUAAUUAGUUAGUGUAUACAGUAUACCUUUAGGUUAUCACAAGUUCAUUUCCACUAGACUUUUGUACUUAUUUUGUCUUUAUGGAUGUGCUUCAUUGAUGUGUGAAAGUACUAUUUUUCAUUGAGAUAUGAUUCAAAUAUAAAACGUUUUUAUCGGUC